GAUGACACCUUCAGGCUCUGUUUUCUGUCUCGUGGUCGUCCUCUUAUGGAGAAAAGUUGAGCUGAAUUAUUUGAGAAAAUCAUAUAUUCAUCAAGAGAGGAGCUUCGUAUCAGCUGAAGUUGGCAGCAGCGUGACUCUGCAAUGUUCUUAUGGGACUGAAGCUGCGAGGUAUUACUGGUACAAGCAAUCUCUGGGACAGAAGCUGCAGAUAAUCUCUAUCAGUUAUAAAUUUGCUGAAAGUGGCACUUUUCAUGACGAGUUCAAGGACAACCCACGCUUCACCGUGGAAAACAUCGAUGGGAAAAGUCAGUUAAGUAUUUCUGACUUAAAACCAUCAGACACAGGAACUUACUUUUGUGCAAGUGGCAUUUCAUUUGUGUUUGAGUUUGGGGAGGGUGCUACGGUCAGCGUGAAGAAUCCGGUUCUGGAAAACACAGCUUGGGUCCGUCAGUCGGAAUCUGGAGCCGUCCAGACGGGAAGCUCUGUGACUCUGAACUGUACAGUCCAAACUGGGAGCUGUGGUGGAGAACACAGUGUUUACUGGUUCAGACACUCUGGAGAAUCUCAUCCAGGACUCAUUUACACCCACCGAGGAAACAACAAUGAGUGUGAGAAAAGCCAGAACACACAAACACACACCUGCAUGUACGAUCUGCCUAUAAAGAACCUGAGUAAGUCUCACGCUGGGACUUAUUACUGUGCUGUUGCUUCAUGUGGACAAGUUUUGUUUGGAAACGGGACGAAGCUGGACUUGGAAAGUGAGGCCGUCUCUCUGUCCUUGGUUUAUUUCUUAAGUGCAGCUUUGAUUUUCACCGUCAUCCUGAGUGUGUUACUGGCCUUCACACUGCACAAGAUGCACAAGAGAAACUGCUGCCAAACUUCAGAGUUUAAUGGAAGACUUUUAUGUCAACCAGCAACAAGCACAGAGGUUCACCAAGAUGCAGGCGACCUCCAUUACGCUGCUGUAAAUGCCAACCAGCUCAGCAGAUCAAGGAGACACAGGAAGAGCUCAGAGUGUGUGUACUCAGCUAUGACGCAGUAGACUGGAGACGGUUCAGUUCACUCUCCUAAAGCUGCCUGGAGAACUGAAGCACAGCUUUCUGACUGUUUCAGGGUCAACGACUGGAGAAUAUUUUUGUGUUUUUUUUUUUUUUAACAUUUCACAGAAUAAACUUAU